UUUUUGCUUGUUUUGUUUUGCGGUUUUUUGUUUGUUGUUGUUUAAUUUAUAUCUACGAAAUUAUUUUCGAGGCGUUUAACAAAAUGAAGGAAUGUCCAUAUGGCGAAAAAUGUUACAGGAAAAAUCCAAUACACUUUGGGGAGUUCAGUCACAAGCAUUUGGAUGAAAUCUAUGGAAAGGCUAACGCAAAUGCUAGCUAUGACAUACCAGGGAAAUACUCCAGUGAACUAAUUAAUACGCAGCUUAAACUUCUGGAAAAAUUAUUUCCCAAAAGCCAAGCCAAAGUGGAUGCAGUGCCACCGGCUCAGCCAGAGUCCUCUAAACCAAAGCCCAAAAUCGAAGAGAAUGCUCCAACACCGAGUACAAGUCGCGGUGGCUCUUCACAGGUCCAGGAUACCUCCAAUCUGGCCAAGAAACAAAAGCUAGCCGAUCGAAAUAUACGCGACUAUAUACCAGUUGUGGUUGAACGUGGCCUCAUGGCCAGGAAACUGGAAAAGGCUGCUCCCUAUAAUAUGUUUUUGACGGCCAUAACCGAUUCGAAGCCAACACAUAGCGAACCUCUAAGUGUUACUUUGCAAGAGAUAUUGGACGAAAGUCUGGGCGAGAUUGAGAGCACUGUGCAAAUCAAUUUUAUGGUGGACAUUGGCUGGCUACUAGGACACUAUUACUUUGCAGGCAUACUGGCUAAACCUCUGAUAGUGCUUUAUGGCGAUGAAUCGCCUGAAUUGCUUAAUAUUAGCAAACUGAAGCCUCAGGUUACAGCGAUCAAGGUACAAAUGCCUACACCAUUUGCCACAUCGCAUACCAAAAUGAUGCUACUCGCGUAUACAGAUGGCUCCAUGCGUGUGGUGAUAUCCACAGCGAAUCUUUACGAGGACGAUUGGCAUAAUCGUACCCAGGGUGUUUGGAUUAGUCCACGACUACCAGCAUUGAGUGAGGAGGCGGACACAGCGGCUGGCGAAUCUAAAACCGGAUUCAAGCAGGAUCUCAUGCUCUAUUUGGUGGAGUACAAACUGACCCAGUUGCAGCCUUGGAUAGCUCGUAUACGUAAGAGUGACUUCAGUGCCAUCAAUGUCUUUCUCAUUGCAUCUGUGCCUGGUGGACAUCGUGAAGGUUCUGUUCGUGGUCAUCCUUGGGGGCAUGCUCGUCUGGGCUCUUUGUUGGCCAAGCAUGCUGCACCCAUUGAGGAUCGGAUACCAGUUGUGUGCCAAAGUUCCAGCAUUGGCAGCCUGGGACCAAAUGUUCAGGCCUGGAUUCAACAGGAUUUCGUAAACAGUUUGCGCAAGGAUUCAUCCACCGUGGGACGAUUGCGUCAAUUGCCGCCAUUCAAGAUGAUCUAUCCUAGUUUCGGAAAUGUCUCGCGCAGUCAUGAUGGUAUGCUAGGAGGAGGUUGUCUCCCCUAUGGCAAGAAUACCAAUGAUAAGCAACCCUGGCUCAAGGAGCAUUUGCAGCAAUGGAAAUCUGGUGAUCGCUAUCGCAACCAGGCCAUGCCACAUAUUAAAUGCUAUACACGCUACAAUCUAGAGAAUCAGUCGGUCUAUUGGUUUGUCCUCACCUCAGCAAACCUCUCAAAAGCAGCUUGGGGUUCGUUCAAUAAGAAUUCGAAUAUCCAACCAUGUCUACGCAUUGCCAACUAUGAGGCAGGUGUCCUAUUCCUACCAAGAUUUGUGACUGGUGAGGAGACUUUUCCAUUGGGCAAUCGUCGUAAUGAUGUGCCCGCCUUUCCAAUGCCGUAUGAUGUUCCAUUGACACCCUAUGGACCAGAUGAUACUCCUUUCCUAAUGGACUAUCUACAAGGAUGAGCAUCUGCUGUGAUCAAUGAACAAACGUGAAAAAGUUGCUUAAAUAACUCAGUUAUGGUUAAAAUAAAAGUAAUAAUAAACGAUAUGGAAAGUAUUUUGUAUGUAAUGAA